AUGAAAGAUUUGGGUGAAGCCUUCUAUGUCAUUGGCAUAGAGAUUCACAGAGACAGAAAUCAAAGAAUAUUAAAAUUGUCUCAGAAGGCUUGCAUUGAAAAGGACUUAGAGAGAUUUAGAUUGAAGAACUGUUCAACUUCUGUAACACCUAUCAUUAAAGGGGAUAAAUUCAGUAAAAAUCAGUGUGCUCAAAAUGCAUUGGAACAAGAGCAGAUGAAAAGUAUCUCAUAUGCAUCUGCAGUUGGCAACCUAUUAUAUGCACAUGUUUGUACUAGAUCUGACAUUGCAAUGGCAGUUGGAAUGCUGAGUCGAUAUCAAAGCAACCCAGGAUUGGAACAUUGGAAAGCUGAAAAGAAAGUUAUGCGGUAUUUGCAAGGAACCAAGGACUACAGUUUGACAUACAAACACACUGACCAUUUGGAGGUGGUUGGAUAUUCAGAUUUAGAUUUUGUUGGAUGUGUGGAUAGCAGAAAGUUUACUUCAGGAUAUAUCUUUCUUCUUGCUGGAGGGGCUAUAUCUUGGAGAAGUAGCAAGCAGACUAUAGUUGCCACAUCUACAAUGGAGGCAUAA